AUGAAGUUAAAGACAAACAUGCGCCUCCUUCAAUCUGCUAAUGAGCCAGACGCUGAAGCACAAAAAGAAUUUACCGAAUGGCUACUUAAAAUUGGAGAGGGUCAUAUUCCUCCUAUCAAUGGAUUGGAAACAGAUAUAAUCAAAAUUCUCAGGAACUUUGUCUUACAAUCUCAAGAU